AUUCAUUUUCGCUCAGAGGUAGUGUUGAGCUCACAGCUGUUGGUUGGAUCUGGUCUUGGAAAGCUAUUAAGUUUACAAAUUAAUUUGUUAUUACAAUGUCGCACAUCAAGAAAUUAAUACCAAACACAGUGAAUCCAGAUCUUCAGAAAGAACGCACGGGAGCCGAGUUCGAUGUGGAGGAGUUUGCAGCCUGGUGGCAGGGUGGUCAGGACAAGCUAAAGACCAAACGCGAAAUUGAGAAGGCCAUCUUCAGUGAUCUGGAGGAUGGCUAUGGCCUGGACCAUGAGUACAUGUCCCACGAGGAAGUCUACAAUUCGAGUGUGAAGAAGGUGGCUGAGGCUGCUACCAAACUGAAGGCACUGCAGAACAAACUAAAUCCCGGAGGCAACGAUAUCUGGCCCGGAGUGCUGUUCAGUGUACAGAGCCAUGGACUCUUUCCGGCCAAUCAUCCGGUGUCCACUCACAUCACCAUGUUCGUGGAUGUGAUCAAGGGACAGGGAACCCCCGAACAGGUGGAGAAGUGGGGCAAGGCGGCGGAGAACUGCAACAUUAUUGGCACCUAUGCCCAGACGGAGCUGGCCCAUGGAACCAAUGUCCGUGGGAUUGCCACACGGGCGGACUUUGAUCCCCAAACGGAUGAGUUUGUGCUGAAUACGCCGAACUUGGAGGCUUACAAGUGGUGGCCUGGCGGCUUGGGACAUACUGCCAAUCAUGCCAUGGUGGUGGCUCAGUUGUAUAUUGCUGAUGCUCAUCAUGGUGUACAAAUGUUCAUUGUGCCGGUGCGAGAUGCCGAGACGCAUAUGCCACUGCCGGGAAUCGAUAUUGGUGAGGUUGGCAAGAAACUCGGCAUGGUGUCCGUGAAUCAGGGCUUCCUGGGACUGAACCAAGUUCGCAUUCCGCGCACCAACAUGCUGAUGAAGUUCGCCAAGGUGGAGCGAGAUGGCACCUUCAAAGCCAGUCCGGCAUCGAGACUUAACUACCUGACCAUGGUCUUCACCCGCUGCCUGAUUGUCAAUCUGAACUCCACGCUGCUUUUGGAGGCGGCCACCAUUGCCACCCGGUACUCGGCUGUUCGGCGGCAGAGUCCCAUCGAACCCAACCAACCCGAGCCGCAGAUCAUGGAUCAUGUUACCCAGCGUCUGAAGCUCUUCCCCGAGAUCGCUAGCGGAAUGGCCUAUCACCUGGCCGCCGAGUAUAUGUGGGAGAUAUAUGCCCAGACGGUGCAGGAGGCCAACAAUGGCAAGUUCGAUCGUCUGCCCGACAUGCACAUCCUGUCCUGCGCCCUGAAGGUUCUUUGCACCACAGACGGCUGUGCCGGCAUUGAGCGACUGCGGCUCUCAACUGGAGGACAUGGUUACCUCACGGCAGCAAACUUGAGCAAUAUCUAUGGAAACGCUGUGGCUGCAUACACCUACGAGGGCGAGAACACAGUGCUACUUCUCCAGAUUGGACGUGCUUUGGUCAAGGCCUGGGCCUCUUUUGUGGAAAAGAAACCGGUGUCCGCAUCGUACAGCUACUUUGCCAGCUCCAUGCAGCUAAAAGAGUUCCCCAAGUGGGACAACUCCUGGCAGUGCAUUAUCAAGGCGUUGCAGUACACGGCAGCACAGAAAACCCGCAUUGCCUUCGAGAACUUGGCGGAACGCAUGGCCAGCGGUCAAUCUCAGGGUGUGGCGGCUAAUAACACGGGCAUUGAGCUUGUUCGUGCUGCUGAGCUUCAUGGCCGACAGUUUGUGUGCCAGACAUUCCUAGAGCAAAUCACAGGUGCCAAGGCCCAAAAGCGUUCCCCGGCUCUCAACAAAGUUUUGGAGAAUGUCCUCGAACUGUUCCUGGUCCAGACUGUGCUCAAUAACCUCAACGAUAUUUUGAGAUUCAUUAGCCUCAGCGAUGAGGAUUUGAGGUCGCUGCAAAAACGCCUGGAGAUUUCGUUGGAGAAGUUCCGACCUAACGCGGUGGCCAUAUGCGAUGGCUUUGGGUUCCACGACCGUGUUCUCAACUCUGUUUUGGGCAGCUACGAUGGCAAUGUUUAUCCAAGACUCUUCGAUUCGGCCAAGCGCAGCACCAUGAACCAAAAGCCCGUUCAAAAAUCCUUUGAGACUUACCUGAAGCCCCUAAUGAAAGCUAAUCUGUAAAGCAAACACGACCAAGUCAUGUGGAUAUAAAACUAAUACAGAAAAGAAAUCGA